GCCCAAGCACAUCUUUCUAUCAAGUUUGAUGAGAACCAGCUUCUGACAUCCGCCCCCUCACUUUCCUCCAUGCUACGAUCCAACUCUUCUCUCUUUUCUGCCUCUUUCCACUGCGACUAGAUCAUCCUCCAGCAAUCGAAAUCUCCUUCAACUUAGUCUUGAGCCCGCCAAGCCUACUUCGAUACAGCUUCAUUCGGAAAGAGAGGGUUCCGCUUCACCGAUUCCAACAACCUGCUCUGUCCUGGUCGUUACCAGCUGAUCGGCGCUUUGCAUCCCGUUUCCACUUAUAUUCGGGAUCGGUUUCUUGCCUUUAAACACCCUCUACACCACCUGGCAGCACCACAUCCUCUAGCCAUGGACUCUUUCGACUUCGAGAAGAUGUCCAUCAGCGAGCGUAAGAUCAUCGUCGGCAUCGACUUCGGAACCACUUAUUCAGGUGUGGCGUGGGCUGAAACCCAACGUCCCGAUCGACGAACUGCCAUCACCACCUGGCCUAUCAGCAAGACCAUCCGCGAGGGCGAAUCUUCCGACAAAGUCCCCACUAAGCUCCGAUAUGCCGGCGACGAUGUUCAAUGGGGCUUUUCCAUCCCCGUUACCGCACCGCAAGCUGAAGUCGUCGAGUGGUUCAAACUUGAUCUCGACCCCUCUCUGCAAAGUAUGGGCCAAGCUGUCUCCUCAGAGGCUCGAGGUGGCCGCAACGUCGACAAGCUCGUGACGGACUACAUCUCGGCGCUGGGCGACCAUCUCGUGUACACCCUGAAGGAAAAGCUCGGAGAGCAGGUUGUCAACACCACUCCCUUGGAGUUUGUCGUUACGGUACCCGCCAUCUGGUCAGAUCUCGCCAAGGACAAGACCAAACAAGCCUGCCAAAGAGCUGCUGGUCUCAACACAGUCACCAACACUAUUGCUCCCAUCCACCUUGUCUCCGAGCCAGAAGCCGCGGCCAUCUAUGCCUUACAUGGCUUGGACCCACAUGGGCUCAAAGUCGAUGAUACUGUAGUGGUUGUGGAUGCUGGAGGAGGCACUGUGGACCUGAUCUCUUACACAAUUACCAGUCUUAAACCCAUUCUGGAGGUCCAAGAGGCUGCUCCAGGCUCUGGUGCACUCUGCGGCUCGACGUUCCUCAACAUGCGCUUCGCCAAGUUUCUAAAGGCAAAGCUGGGCAAGGAAGAUGGAUUCGAUGACGAGAUCAUGGCUGAGGCCAUGGAACAGUUCGAAAAGAAGGUCAAGCGACAGUUCACCCUCGGCGCUGCCCCCGACGACACCUACACCAUACCAGUCGGUGGUCUGGCCAACAACAAAGAGCUCGGGAUCAACCGUGGUCGUUUCGCCCUGAAGGCGUCGGAUCUUCAGACCAUCUUCGAGCCCGUCGUUCUGGAGUGCAUCAAGCUUGUCAAGGACCAGAUCAUAGCAAGCAACGUACCGAUUCGUGCUAUCCUCCUUGUUGGCGGCUUCGGCGCAUCCAACUAUCUCAAGGAGCGCUUGCGCAACGCUAUUGACAAGAGCAUCCAAAUCAUGCAGCCCCCCAAUGCUUGGCAGGCAGUUGUUCAAGGCGCCGUCAUGAAGGGUCUAGCUCAGGUAUCGCCUGACAAGCUUACGCAAGUCAAGGUUCAGAAUCGCAAAGCCAGAAAGCACUACGGCACCGAGUGGCGAAGCAAGUACGAUGCUAAGGUCCACAAGCAUCUCGAGCAGAAGCGACAUUGGUGCGGCUUGGAUGGUUGCUACAAAGUCUACACCAUGGAAUGGUUCAUCCAACGGGGCGAUAACGUCUCCGAGAACGAGCCUUUCUACACAUCCUUCGUGUGGACCGGUCUCGUCAGCCAAGGCCGUAUCAAAAAGAUCAAGAUGGAUAUCUAUGCUGAUCGCAAUCAACGAAUUGCGCCUGUUGCUCGGGAUGAGAAUGUUGCGAUGCUCGUUCAUGUAGAGGCUGAUGUCGGGCACAUCCCCGAGCACAUGCUCUCACGUCGCCAGGGGCUUGACGGCCAAUGGUACUACGAGCUGAACUGUAAGAUCGAAGCCGUGUAUCUUUCAGCCUCAACCACGUACACAUUGCUCUACAACAAUCAACGGUACAACACGGUGACGGCUGAGUAUGUUUGAUGCAGUCAUGUUUUGGCUGGAUGUGAACGUAGCUAGAAAUGUACCUUCGAUUUGUGGAUGCGUGAGGUCUUUGGGAUAAGGUAGGAGAUUGCAUGAGCAUAUAUGAAGAAUUAGUAGUGUACACAAUACAAACAACAUGUGACGUCGCCAUUUAAAAA